AUGAGUCAACCAGAUGCAGAUAUUACUAAAAUAUCACAAGCUAUGGAUAUUUUGGCCAGAUUAAUUCUAGAAAAGCAGAAGGACGGGACGCAAUUAAAAAUGGAAUAUGAGCACAAGUUAAAGGAAUUAAACAACCUGAUUAAUCUUAUUUUGAAUCUGGGAAAAACUUCAGUUGAUGAUAGCAAUCCAAAAUUAAAAGUUGAUUGCAAUGAACUAGAUAAGCUACUGAGAAAUCGGAUUGAGAUUGUUGAAAAGGACGAUAAGAAACGUUACGCAUUAAUACCGGUAAGUGAAGCCAAUGAAGAGGACUCUAUGAAAGAGUCUAUAACUUCUCCAAAGGAUAGCAAGAAAAAGAAGAAGAAAAAGAACAAGAUAUUAUGCUCAUAUUGUCAUGAAAGUGGUCACACAAGGGCUAGCUGCGAAAAGAAGCUUCUAAAUAUACGGCCUUAG